AUGGCAAAAAAUGUCAACAAAAAGUUUAUCGGCAACAAAAAAAUUUUCCAAAGAUAUUUCCGUAAAAAUGCCCGAAAGUUUUUCCAAUAAAAUCAAUCCAAAAAUAGAACAACAACAACAACGACAAACAAUGAUAAUGAAUGAUCCGGUUCAUACGAAUACAGUAUCAUCAUCAUCAUCAACAACAACAACAUUAUUAAAAAAUACAAUACCAAUGAUUAAAGAACAAUCUCGAUUAAAAUUGAUCCAUCCAAUCAUUGAUAAUAAUAAUAAUAAUAAUAAUAGCAAUAAUGAUAAUGAUGAUGCCAAUGAACAAUCAUCAUCAUCAUCAUUAUUAUUUCAAUCGAAUAAAUCCGGUUCAGUGUUUACUUUUCAGGAUAAACUUCCGAAUGAAGAUUCUGCAUUACAAUUAUUAUCGAUAAUGACAAAUAAUCGAUCAAUGAAUAAUAAUAAUAAUAAUAAUAGUUACAAACAAUCAACAAUGAUUUUAAAAAUGAAUACUUCUACAACUGCUAUUGGUGUUGGUAAGGAAAAAACAGAAAUAUUUGUUGCUGGUAAAGGACAUUUAAAAAGUCAACUAUAUAAUAGUGAUCACGAUUUAUGGCCAGAUUGUGAUUAAAUAUCAUCAUCAUCAUCAUAUAGAAUUGACAUCACCACAUCACAUUUGUAAUUGUGUGUAAUUCGAU